UAUUUUAGUAUCGCUGGUUUCACACAAGCACGCUUUUGCUAGAGACAAAACGACGUUUUGCUGUUUAUUAUUCGACGAGCCGUGUCGGAUGGAAAUAUGGCAUUCUGAACGGGCUUGUAUUUUCUUCAGAUUGAAUUCCAGCUAGACCGGAUCACAUCUGCACCGGAUGCACACAGAAACAGCACAAGUAGCUGCCCGAUAACGACUUCCCUGUUGGAUAUAACCUGACGUUUCUGUAACUGUCCGUCUACUAUGGGGUGUCAACUUGGACUAGCAACUGAACGAUGCAGUAAAGGAAUGGCCCUGGCCUUGGCUCUUCUCUUCCUCUAUGUCUUCCCCCUGAUCACUGUGGCUGUACAUAAUUUGACAGCUGGAGGUUGUGCCAUUAUUCGGCCCCCGAGGGAUGGAGGAAUACGGUACAGAGGCCUGACGCAGGAGCAGAUCCGCAGUGUGCAGAUCCUGCCUGUGGAUUACGAGAUUGAGUACAUCUGCCGGGGGAACAGAGUGAUCGUGGGGCCGAAGGUCAGGAAGUGUCUGCCGAACGGGACGUGGACAGACCUGUCUCUACGGAGCCGCUGCUUGCUGCCAUGUCCUCAGGUGUGGACGUCCCUGGAGAAUGGGCAGGUAGAGGCUUGGCCACCUGGUCCCCCAGUUGAGGGGACCAUGCUACAGUACAGCUGCAAUACAGGCUUCCAGCUGGUGGGCAGAAACAGCAGCCUCUGCACCAAGCUGGGCAAGUGGGACUCCCCCAAACCCAUCUGCAAAUAUGACCGGAAUUACUCAGGCAAGAAGAAGCUGUACAUCGGAGCCCUGUUCCCAAUGAGCGGCGGCUGGCCGGGAGGACAGGCAUGUCUGCCUUCUGCUCAAAUGGCCUUAGAGCUGGUCAACAAGAGAACGGAUAUCCUACCGGAUUACGAGCUGGAACUGAUAUACUACGACAGCAUGUGUGAUCCGGGAGAGGCCACUAAGCUGCUGUAUGACCUGUUGUACACGGAGCCCAUAAAGAUCGUGCUGAUGCCCGGGUGCAGCUCUGUGUCCACGUUGGUGGCAGAGGCUGCCCGCAUGUGGAACCUCAUCGUGCUGUCCUACGGCUCCAGCUCGCCCGCCCUCUCCAACCGCCAGCGUUUCCCCACCUUCUUCCGCACCCACCCGUCCGCCACGCUCCACAACCCCACCCGCGUGCAGCUCUUCCAGAAGUGGAAGUGGACCAAGAUCGCCACCAUCCAGCAGACCACGGAGGUGUUCACCUCGACACUGGAUGAUCUGGAGGAGAGAGUGAAGGCUGCUGGGAUUGAGAUCAGCGUGAGACAGAGCUUUCUUACAGACCCUGCUGUGGCAGUCAAGAACCUCAAGCGUCAGGAUGCCAGAAUCAUCGUGGGCCUCUUCUACGAGACGGAGGCCAGGAAAGUCUUCUGCGAGGUAUUUAAGGAAAAGUUGUACGGGAAGAAGUACGUCUGGUUUCUGAUUGGCUGGUACGCCGACAACUGGUUCAAGAUCAAGGACCCGUCCAUAAACUGCACGGUGGAGAACAUGACGGAGGCGGUGGAGGGCCACGUCACCACGGAGAUCGUGAUGCUCAACCCCGAGACCGUCCGGGGAGCCUCCAACCUGACGUCCCAGGAAUUCCUGGAGCAGCUGAUGUCCCGGCUGGGGGGUAAGAACCCCGAGGAGACGGGGGGCUUUCAGGAGGCCCCUCUGGCCUACGACGCCAUUUGGGCCCUCGCUCUGGCCCUCAACAAGACCGUGGGGCCCCUGAAGGCCAAGGGCCGGCACCUGGAGGACUUCAACUACAACAACCGCGACAUCACAGCCGAGAUAUACCGCGCACUCAACACCAGCUCCUUCGAAGGGGUGUCUGGUCACGUGGUGUUCGAUGCUCAGGGUUCGAGAAUGGCCUGGACUCUUAUUGAACAGCUGCAAGGUGGAAGCUAUAAGAAGAUUGGAUACUAUGACAGCACCAAGGGGAAUCUCUCCUGGUUUGGCAAUGACAGGUGGAUAGGCUCAGACCCACCGGCUGAUCAGACUGUGGUCAUCGAGGAGUUCAGGUUUCUGUCGCAGAAGCUCUUUGUUUCCGUGGCGGUCUUCGCUGGGCUGGGAAUCCUCCUGGGAAUCGUCUGCCUCACUUUCAACAUCUACAACAGCAACGUCAGGUAUAUCCAGAACUCGCAGCCCUACCUGAAUAACAUGACGGCCGUGGGCUGCAUGCUGGCGCUGGCAGCCGUGUUCCCCCUGGGCAUCGAUGGCCGCCAUGUGCAGAGGGCACAGUUCCCCAUCGUCUGCCAGUUCCGCCUUUGGCUGCUGGGACUGGGCUUCAGCCUGGCCUACGGCAGCAUGUUCACCAAGAUCUGGUGGGUCCACACCGUCUUCACCAAGAAGGACGAGAAGAAGGACAAGAGGAAGCAGCACUUGGAGCCCUGGAAACUCUAUGCCACCGUCGGGGUGUUGCUGGUCAUCGACAUCCUGUCCCUCAUGAUCUGGCAGAUAGUGGAUCCUCUGCACAUCACUGUGGAGAAGUUCACUAAAGAAGCCCCAAAAGGGGACCUGGAUGUCCUGAUUCAGCCUCUGCUGGAGCACUGCAGCUCAGAGAAGAUGAACACCUGGCUCGGGGUGGUCUAUGGCUACAAGGGCCUGCUGCUGCUGCUGGGGAUAUUCCUGGCCUACGAGACAAAGUCGGUGUCGACCGAGAAGAUCAACGACCACCGCGCGGUGGGAAUGGCCAUCUACAACGUUUCAGUUCUGUGUAUGAUCACAGCUCCGGUCACCAUGAUCCUGUCCUCUCAGCAGGAUGCUUCCUUUGCAUUUGCCUCUCUGGCCAUCGUCUUCUCUGUCUACAUCACCCUGGUUGUACUCUUUGCUCCAAAGAUGCGCAGGUUGAUUACCAGAGGGGAGUGGCAGUCCGAGCAGCAGGAGACCAUGAAGACAGGGUCCUCCACCAACAACAACGAUGAGGAGAAAUCCCGACAGCUGGAACGAGAGAACAAGGAGCUACAGAAGAUCAUACAGGAGAAAGAAGAGAGGGUGUCAGAACUUAGGAACCAGCUGUCCCAGAGACAAGCUCUCCGCUCACGAAGGCGUCCCUCCACACAGAACCAAAACCACAGCACUCCCCCGCCCCCCGCCUCCCAGAAUGACCCGAAAUCCCUGCUACCCCCACCCGGUUACCCCCUCCCUUCAUCCGACAACCACUCCCUCCCUCCCUCCUUCUCCAACUCAUCCAGCCUUUACCAGCCCGAUGGAAAGAUAAGCCGCAAUAACUGCCACACCAGCCGUCUACAGCUGCUCUACAAGUGAGAGGGCAGGGUUAACACAGGAAGGGGAGGGGUUAGCAGGGAGAGGGGAGGGGUUAAUAAGGGAAGGGGAGGAGUCAGAGACUGAGAGGAUAAACUCUGUCUAAGGAAAUUCAGUAAGAACAAGACUGCAAGGACUUUCUGUCUCUCUCUCUCUCUCUCUUGCUGUAUUACCCCAGUAAAUUCAGGCAUAUCGUAGCUUGUUCUUGACAUUAAGUACAAACUUAAUCAUGCCAUCGUUUUAAACUUAUAUUUGUUAUUGGUGCAUGAAAUGUGUUAUAGUCCAUCUGGGACUAGCCGAUGCAGACAGUAUGUUAAAAUUAAAGACACAAUUAGUUAAUUUUACUGCCCAGAUGUUAAUCCGGGAUAUUUUAAUGAAGUGUCUGCUCGCUGCGCCAGGUGACAUAAAGAGAUGCGUUUACCUGGAACUUCUAAUGUCUAGAAAUACAUCUGCAUCAGUAUUUAACACUAUGAAGUGAUCAGUAAACCUGCUUUCCUCUGGCCAAAACUACGGCAAGUUGACAUUCACUGAAAAAAAAACAAAAAGGUUGAGCUGGGACAAUCUGAGUGGAGCUCUCACUCUCCACAUUCCCCCUUUGAUAAUGUCAGUGAUGAUGAGUGGAGAGGCUUUAAGUAGAGAUCUGGCCACCCUCAAUCUGGCAACCUAAAUCUUCCCCAGUCAGUGUGACUGAAUGACUAUUUUCCUCUCUGCCUGAAGCAAUGUGCUGAGCAUGCCAGCGAUGAUAGAGGAGGAGUUCUGCCUCGUUUAGAUCCAGGGAGUCCAGGUGUGAAAGCUGCAGAGCUGUGCCCUUAGAAACACACAUAAAUACUCCUAUUUUAAGUUCUGAUUAUUUGAAAGCCAAUAAAAUUAAUAUCAGUCACGAUCGUAAACAUGAGUGGCAGAGCACAUUUAAUCAGAACGAAGGAGAAAGAAGGUUAAUUUGAUGGGCAGGAAGGACUAAGUUAAUUAAAGCACUUUAAGUCUGCAUGCGUCUGAUGCAGUCUGGCUUCCACGGGAUUUGUGCUGUAGCGUCUAAUUGGGUUUGCAGAUACUGCGCAGACCUCCGACACUGUGUCGGCUCAUUAUUGAUUUUUUUUUUCUCUUGAAAUGUAUCGUCAUUACUACAAGCCUCGCAAUAGGUUUAACCCCCACCCAGGGAGUGUGGGUGGAGGGAUGCCCCCAGACAGCACUUUGGGGUGUCCACGUUCUGCAAUGCAAAUUAUGUUACUCAUACUCAAAGAAUAUCCUUCACGCCCCCCAAGUCAGUACAAGACGAAUAUUUUCACAGAGUAUUAAGGCAUAAUGUGGUAAAAACCAAGCAACCAAGCCAUGUUUUGCAUAAGGCCUCUGCACAGACUUCAUUUCAGUCUUGAACUGUAGCAUAAUUUCACUGUUUGUUUCGUUUUAUGAGUCUGUUUCGGGUUGGGGUUUUUUUCUCCCUCAGAAACAGCCUUUGUUUGUAAGGCCGUGUGUCGCACGCUAUGACAGGCCUGGCCCGUUUCUGAGCUCCGUUCUGUGAGAAAAGCACACAGCCAUCUCAUCGGCCUACUUUACUGUACGUCUUUUCUCAAACAAUACACUUUGUUGACAAUCGAUGCAUCUCUUCAUCUGUCUCUCAGUUUCUGUCCACGAGAACCAUAUUAGCAGACGAUGCUUAUACACUGUAAAUGAUAAUAUGCAUACACAUAUAGAUAUAUUAUAUAUUGAUAAUGAAAAUUAUUACGAUAAACUGAUUCUCUUGCACAUAUACUAAUAUAUUCCUCCGUGAUAUUUAUAUUUACUAUGGCAAUCCUUGUUUAAUUUCGAGAGAAUAUGGUAUGCAAAAGGAAUGGCUAUGAUGGAAAAAUAAAUCUGCUCUUUUUCACGGCCUGGUUUUGUGUGUGUUUGUAUGAAGAACUGCUUUAGCUGGAUGUGAUUUCAGUGGAUGACGCCAAAGUUCCUGGAGGAUCAGCAGUCAGGACAGCUAAG